AUGCGUCCCCCGCUCCCUGCCGCGAAAGCAGGGUCGCAGGAGCAGAAGAGCAGGGCGGCGCUGGCGGUCAGGGCUGCCAUGGCCAUCCCGGCCCUCUCCCAGGCCACGACAUGGCCUGCAUCAGACCACUCCAGGGCUGCAUCCUGCUUCCGGGACUGGGACUUCCCUAGAGCACCGAGGGAGACGGCCGAGGUGUGGCGUGCGUCAUAA